UGUGUGUGUGUGUGUGUGUGUGUGUGUGUGUUCUUGGUCUGUUCGGUCCCCCUGUUGAACCCCCUUAUAUAAAAGGCAGAACUUGCAGCAGUCGUCACUGGUACCACAGCAAGAUGUUGAACAGCAGUGAAGUUCUGCAGCCUCCUCCCUGCGGAGCCUCUGGCCGCCUCCUGCAGCCGGUUUGGGAUUAUUUGCUUUUUCACCAGCUGCCUCUCAUCUCGUCUCCUUUGUUCCCUGUCCUACUUGCCUUUUCCAGCUAUGUUUUCUUUAGCAUACCUUUUGCUGCAUUGGACCUCUUGGGAGAAAGAGUUCCUUUGUUCUAUCGGUACAAGAUCCAACCAGACAGGCGACCAACUGUGGGAAUGAUGUCUAGGAGCUUCAUGACAGCCGCGUAUAAUAACAUUGUCUUUGUCCUGCCAACUGUACUGCUCACCAUGUUCAUACUACCUACACCAAAACUGCCAGAUACUGCUCCGACACUGUAUAAGGUGAUCAUCGAUGGGCUGGCUGUACUUCUUCUCUUUGACACUCAGUACUACAUCUGGCAUUUCAUUCAUCACAAGCAACCACAGCUCUAUCGGUUCAUGCACGCGACCCACCAUGAAUACGUGGCUCCUUUUUCUUGGUGCACUCAGCUGCUCAGCAUCCCAGAGCUGAUGUCCGUUGGAUUGUGGAGCAACCAGGACCCAAUUCUUUUAAGGUGCCACCCAUUGACCACAUGGUGUGUGACGGUUUUCAGCAUCUGGAUGUCAGUGGAGGACCACAUAGGUUACGACCUGCCGUGGACCCUCAACCACCUGGUGCCUUUCGGUCUGCUGGGCGGUGCACCGGCUCACGACAUGCACCACCAGAGGCCGAGCAGCAACUACGCCCCCUUCUUCUGCCACUGGGACCGAAUCUUUGGCACUGCCUUUACUCAGAGGAAAGAGACUUCGAGGACAAUUCUGUGAAUAAAUACUUAUGAUAUAGUUCCUUUUGUGUGGGUUUCUUGUAUUGUGAAGUCUUGUACUAUUGUUUCUAUUGGUGUUUAGAAGAACUAAAGAGUAUGUUUGUUUUAUUUUAGGUUGACAGAUUAACUUUAACGUAGUUGAGCUUGCGGUGUUUAGAAAAACAUGGAUAACAAAAAUCAUUACUAUUAUAAUGAUAUAAUUGUAUAUAAUUUAUUAUAUCAAU